GUUAGCACAUAGCAGGGCUCACUCCUUCGCUCACUCAUUCUUCCUUUUCCCCUUUUUUCCUUUGAUAUUCCGACAGCUCUCUUCACAAGUCUUCGGCGAAGCCACAAGAUCAUUCUAGAACCUCGCCUCACAAGAUAUGGGCGACGGUCCAAAGAGACAAGGCGGACGCCCACUUCCUCCGCCGCCAAGAGGUCCCCCCGGCCCUCCUCCUCCUCCCCCUCGCCCCCGCGCCGAACCCGUCGAUCGCGAAAAGGUCAAAGAAGUGGUUAAACCUGCAAGAAGAAAACAUGCAAAGCUCUCAUUUGCUUUUGUGUUUCCUGAUAAAAAUGGUCGAUUCAAAGUUCAAGAGGUUGGGAAGACACUAGCUUAUGGAAAUGGAAGAUUUGAUGACGGCAAGGCUUUAGCCGAACUUGGUUUUGAGAUUGGUGAUUACUUGGAUGUGGCUAUUCUGUAGGUUCUUAUGGGCUGUCUUUAUGUGUUUUGGCCUUUUUAUAUAUGAAGGCCUUGAAUUUAGUCGGUUUAAUAGAAAACUCUAUGUAGUGUUUGGUAGUUAAUGUAGCAUGAACUAAACCAAUUUGAUUUGCUUGGUUGCGAAAAUAGAUAAACUUGUGAUUGAUCAGACCAAGACCCAUUAUGCUACUGACUAGUGUAUUGUUUGAUGGGGGCAGAAAGUAAAGGGUUAAUUCUUUUCUGUUUCCUGAAAA